AUGUCCCCAGCUCCUGUGGUGUAUUCCCCGGUUGAUGAAUUACUUAAAAAAUGCACAGGAAAGCAAGUCAACAUCCCAUUCAUGCUUUCUCUGUUUCCCGGAUGGCACCCGCGUAUAAGUCCACAUUACAAGGCGAGCCUGGAGACAGUGGAUGCAUGGCGUCAACGAUGGAUUGACAACUCUGUUAGCCUAUCACGCAACAGGAAAGUGAACAGUUCUUUUCUCUCCAGUACCAUUUUCCCUGAAGCCGCUCUCGAAGAGUUGAAGAUGAUGGCAAUAUGGAAUAGCUGGGCCCGACGAGAUAGAAGCAACAAGACGUGA